AUGAUGGACAGAACAUCUCUGGCAAGUCUUCCAGAUGAUAUUGUUCUCGAUAUUGUCGAGCAUCUCGACACAGCUCGUGACGUAGCUCACGUUUCCGCCUUGACGAAGCAUCUCCAAAGUCUCAUACGCCAAGAUGGCUGGCGUACCUUCGUCAAGACUCGGUUCCCAUCCCUCCAGAUAGACACAGAUCCAGAGAGUCUCUGGAGUUCUGUUGCAGAUCGUGCAACGUACUUGGAUCGUUGCUGGGAAAAGCGCGGCUUCUGGGUCAAUGUGUUGCAUGAAAAGAAGAACCAGCCAGAAAGAUUCCAGCGUCGAGUUGCUGGAAGCCAGUCAGUGCUGUUCCAUUCUGUCAUUGAUGCGCGGCUUAUGUCGUCGCCGAACAAUGAGGUUAUUGCCGCCGGCGUGGGUGAGAAUCUUAUGGUCUGCAUAAAACCUGUUGAUGGACAGCAAGAUACCUGGUAUCAGAUUGGGGGCCACGAUCAUGGCUAUCGAGCUGGCACUGGAGAUGUUACAGCAACUUCUGUCACAGAGAGUGAUGGGAUACCGAACAUUGUUGUUGGGAGGGCUAACGGUGACAUUAGCAUACACUCUGGCAAAGACAAGUUUGCAACAGUCGCAAGACACUUGAAUCCAACGGACGAGGCACUUCUGAGCCAUGCCUCCGAUCCUAUGCGGAAAUCCCCUGGCCAAGUGGCAGUCUCAUCUCUACAGUGGCAUCCGGAGACGAAUCUCCUGGCAAGCGGUAAAGGCUCGGUUUUGACUCUCUACAAUCUCAGUGUGUCAGAUGACCAAGUACUGAGCCCUUUGGAUUACCAUGAAUUCUCUAAAACUAGUCCUGCAGAUGAGGCGUCACUCUUACGCAGCACCAAGUUCAUGGGCAAAGAUAUCGUGGCUUGCGCUUUAGGCGGAACUCGUAAUCCUCUGCGUUUGGGGCAGCUCACCCCGACUGGCUUACAAUUUUUCAACGCUCAUAGUAACUCUAUGCACGUAGACGAUGCUUCGAGGUUGAUAAGUGGAGGAGUCAGUGAGAAGACCACAGUUCGAGCAAUCGAGCCAGUUAGGGGCGGAAGUGAAAAUCUUCUUUUGACUAUUAACCCCUUAUUCAGGCUUUUAGAUAUCCGAACACCUUCACCACAAGACGCAGUAUACCGUGAUCGCUUUCAACCCUACCAAGCAGGUAGUUCUCUCCUUGUGUAUGGUACAGAGCGCUUUGUAUCCGGCAGUAACACAGCACCGGAUAUCCGUCUAUUUGACUUCAGGUACCCAAAGCCAUAUCAUCACACAACUGCUCUUCCAUGCUCGCCACAAUGGCCCUUUCCCAGCCAGAAGGAUGAUCACAUUAUGAAGCAAGGAUGGGCGCCAGAGCAUCAACCUCAGAAAUGCGAUCCUCAAAACGGGGUAUUGUGUUACUGGCAUGGAGCUUCAAGGCGAAACUACUGGCGUCCCGAUGCUACCAUUCAUAUUGGCAGUCCCACAUAUGACAGGAUCUAUUGUCUGGCAAAAGCGUCUGAUCUUUCAGAUACCAUAUACUGUGGCGUUCGCGGUGCCAUUCUCGAGAUGAACCUCCAUCUCACAGAGGACAUGGUGCAUAAUCAUAACCAACGAACUACCCCUACAGAUUGGAGCAUGGGGAGACCCGGAGGCAAAAUCUCGCUGAUCGAGACAGGCGUGAGCCUUACCCAGACGAAGGAAUGGUCGCUGGAUAAUCGUGGUGUUCCAGAGCUCGUCGUUCAGCAGCCUCGACCUCGUAAACGAAUAGAUUUAUCAGACGAGGAAAAGAGACACCGCUUGGACUAUGCGUUUCAUAGAUUAUAG